CGAGGACCCCUGGGGGCGUGGUCAGCAUCAGCAGCACCGCCGCUCCUUCCUCCAGCGACUCCAGCAGCCAUGCCGGCCUUCGUGGUGUCCACCAAUAUCCCGCGGGACGCGCUGCCCGAGGGGCUGCUGGCCGAGCUCACCGAGGAGCUGGCCAAGGCCACGGGCAAGCCGGCGCAGUACGUCUCCGUGCAGGUGAACCCGGACCAGGUGAUGUCCUUCGGGGGCUCCAGCGCGCCCUGCGCCAUCUGCAGCCUCCACAGCAUCGGCAAAAUCAGCGCGCCGCAGAACAAGGCCUACAGCGCCAUGCUGAGCGCGCUCCUGGCCAAGCGCCUGCGCGUGCCCGCCGACAGGGUCUACAUCAACUUCUACGACAUGGCCCCGGCCAACGUGGGAUGGAACGGCUCCACCUUCGCGUAGCGACGCCGUCGCGGCCGCCCGGGGGAGCGGGGCGGGGCGGGGCGGGGGGGGGGCAAUAAAGAAUUCCGAACAGUC